UGCAGCUAUACUGUGUGUUAAGCCAGAGUGUGGUGGAUAAAGGCUGUUUCACUAACAUGGAGGAUGAGUUCUUUGGAGAAAAAAGCUUCCAACGUUAUUGUGCAGAAUUCAUCAGACAUUCACAACAGAUAGGUGACGGCUGGGAAUGGAGGACAGCCAAGGAUUGUUCUGAUGGCUACAUGUGCAAAACACAGUUUCAAAUAAAGAAUCAGACUCCGACAGCACAUCUGGGAACAGCUGCCAGUGUGCGCACAUGUCUCCCCACAGAGGAGAAUUUAGAGCUACCACUGGAUGAUUCUGAAGUGAUGGAGCCUUCGGCGGCGGCGGCGGCGGCGGCGGCGGCGGAAGUGAUUAAACACGAGUAUCAUGUCCUAUACUCUUGUAGCUACCAAGUGCCGGUGCUUUACUUUAGGGCAAGCUUUUUAGAUGGGAGACCUUUAGCUCUGGAGGAUAUAUGGGAAGGCGUCCAUGAAUGCUAUAAGCCACGGCUGCUCCAGGGACCGUGGGACACCAUCACCCAACAGGAGCAUCCAAUACUUGGGCAACCAUUUUUUGUUCUACAUCCCUGCAAGACAAAUGAAUUCAUGACUGCUGUGCUAAAGAAUUCACAGAAAAUCAAUAGAAACGUCAACUACAUCACAUCAUGGCUGAGCAUCGUGGGGCCAGUUGUUGGUCUGAAUUUACCUCUGAGCUAUGCUAAAGCAACAACACAGUCGGAGUGAUUUGUUAACAAGCAAGAUCCACUGAUCCUAGAAACUGCAGCGUGAAGAACACCAAGAGCUGUACCUGGGAAGCCUCAGUUUUCAUGGAAAUGGGACUGUAAUGUCUCAUGUCACCAAGAUUUGAUGCGGAUUUCUUUCCUUGGAAAGAAGACAUCUGCAGAAACCUGUUUGGAAUAGUGGUUAUGUGAAAGGAACAAGUCACAGAUUCAGAUCACUAUAAAUAACAAGAAUGAACCUAGUUCAGCAAUGAUGUCAUUUAUGACAUUAUCAGGACUUGUACAGGUCAUUUUUGCCUAGGCACAGUUCUUCUGUUGGAGAUUGAUGGGGAAAUAUAUUGGUGUGCUUGCUUUAGUGUACAAUGUAUGAAAAUUAAAUUGUAGAACUUGCCUGUUUGGGGCUGGAGAGAUGGCUCAGUGGUUAAGAGCACUGACUGCACUUCCAGAGGUCCUGAGUUCAAAUCCCAGCAACCACAUG